CCUUGUCACCUGUCAAAACAAAAUCAGCUGUUUUUGACUUUCCAACACAACAAAACAAAUAUCGAAGAAAGCUCGAAAACGUAAAAUAAUGUCUACGAACAAACCAUGGGACCGCCCAUGGUCCAUGGACGAAAUAAUCGAAAAUUCAGACAACUGGAGCAUCGCCGGCGACGUAGCCCUCCUCAACACCCUCAAGGCUUUCGCCGACAAUUUACUAACCCGCACGACCGAAAUCAACGGUAAUUUACAAAACUUAACCAACACUCUGGACCAAACGAGCCUACAGUUAAAUAUAGCCCAAAACGAGUUCCAGAGCUUGCGUAACACCCAAUUCAUCGAAAGUCGCGUUUACGAGGACGACGAAUCCUUGCCUCAACCCGACGUGGAAAACAAAACAAAAGUGGAGGAAAAGAAUGACCACACUGAAGACAUCCGCCUCGCCGCUCUAAAAGGAUUAGAAGUCCUGGACGAAUAUUUCGACAAAGUCGAAGUUUCAGUGAGCGACAGCGAAGACGACGACAUCGAUCUACCAAACUACGUUUUGCGACCCAAAGACUUGUACAUCCAGCGCCCCCUGCCCUACGUCAUCGGCUCCGCCGACUGGCACAAAAACUGGCACGUGGGGCUCGAGGACUCGUCGAGCGACAGCGAAACCGAGAAAGUCUCAGACAAGUUCAGUGAAAGCGACUCCGAAUCAGACUUGCCAAUUAUCCAAGAUAGGUCACAGAUCAAAGGCACGUCUGACACGAGUUCCGAGUUAGAUUUUUCGCAAAAAAUCGAGCCCAAGCAUAAGGACUUUUUCAACUCGAGCGAUAGCGAGAACUCGGUGCAGGCGCCCGUUUCGAAUAAGAGCUUCGCUGAACAGUUGGCGGCGAAAUUGGGGCACGUGGUGAGUCAGGAGUUUGAGGAACCGGAGGUGAACAGGAGGCCAAUACAAAACCAAACGACAAAUUAUGGCGACAUAUUUUUCGACGAACCGCCGCCCCUGGACGAGCCCAAAGGACCUUUUUCUCGGGGCAGAGGGUUGUUCGACGACGACGACGAUGACGACAUCUCCAUCACAAAACCGCCAAAUGAAAGUCCUAAAUUGUCAAAAAGCAAAGGCCUGUUUGACGAAGAAAGCGACGAAGACAUUUUCUCAAAGACAAAACCAGAAAAGCAGCCACUUUUUAGCGAAGAACCUCCGGCUUUAGACGAGAAAAAGAAACCUGUAGGUGGGGUGUCAAUUUUUGGAGGUGGCAACCUUUUCGAUAAAAAGUUACUAAGAAGGCAGCAGAGUUCUGACGACGAUGAAGAAGCAGAAAAAGAACACGCAGAGACAACGUCGAAAAAAGUUAAUUUGUUCGACGACGAUUCGCUCGGGGGUUCGUCAAAGACCGUAAAGACGGAAGAAAAUUCCAGACGAAAAGUGAAUUUGUUUGACAGCGACGAAGAAACCAACAAUUUGUUCAAUGAUGACGAAAAACCCGAGAAACCAAGUCCUGUGAAAUUAUUUGCCGACAACGAAACACCAAAAGAAAAUCCACAAGUACAACCAGAGAAAAAAAUAAGUUUGUUUGACGACGACGACGACCUAUUCAAAGACGAUCUCUUCUCCUCCAACACAAAGAAGAGUUUUACUUCUUGUUUAUUCGACGACAUUCCCGGAGACGAUUUGUUCUCUUCCAAACCCGAAGAGAAGCCGAAAUUGUCUGGGAGUUUGUUCGACGAUGUGGUGAUUCCGGAUGACAAAAACUCCAUCAAUGUAGACAAUACAGAUAAUACAAACUCUGCUGAUCCACCACGUCUGUUUAGCAACAACUUACAAGAAGUUACAGACGGUGAUAAAGUUGUUGACGAAACCGACUUCUUCAAACCUAACCUCAAAUUCGACAACAAGCCAAAAUUGUCACUUUUCGAUUCGCCGCCCCCGGAGCCCGACGACUUAUUCGGCGAACUUCCACCAAAGACCGACUUCAGACCGAACUUACCUUUAUUCGACCCCAGCCCGCCCCCCGACGACGAUUGGGACACAAAAUCCGACAACUUAUCCGAACCUGAAGAUUUCACCCAGGACUUCGAAACACCAACGCCGAAGACGAAUUUGUUCAGCGAGGAGCCACCAGCACUGGACUUUGAACCGGGCCUGAAAAAACCGGGUAAAUUAAAACAUAACCUCAACAUCAACGUUGGUGCUUUAAUGCCCGGAUUUGUCCCUCCAAAGCGGCCUGAAAAAAAAUCCGACAAGGAAGUUCGCACGUCGGAGGAUGACGUAACCCCAACGUCCACCAGGGUAGCUGUGACGUCACCGCGGAAAGUCGCGCCUGCGUCGUUCGACGACGCAGAUAAAGUCGAAGUUCUUCAGAGCGUUACCAAAGAUAGGGCCAGGGUGCCCCUAAAUAGGCGCCCGUCGACGCGGAGGGGGCGCAAAGCCGCUCUGGAGAAGUCAUCGAGCGACUUUAAGCUAGACGACGAGCAAGAAGUCGCCAAAAAUAUUCCAAAACCAGAAACCGAAGACAAACAACCAAAUAACUUCCUAGAACAACUACAAAGUAGUCUGGACGCUAAAACUAAACAAAGUUCUUUGUUCGACGAACACAUUCCACAGCCAAAAAUUGAAGAUAAACCACCAAGUGACACAAAAAACAGUCACUUGGAGGUUAAAAGUUCGUUGUUUGACGAAGUGAAGACUGAAGAUUUCUUUGAAACGUCGAAACGUGCGGAUAGUUUGUUCGACACGCCGGAGAAAGUGCCCAAACCGGUGAAAGCGGACUCGUCGAAAACCAACAUUUUUGAUGAGGAAGACGACGACGACGAUUUAUUUUCAGUCAAGAAACCUAUUUCUCAAGCAAAAACGAAGAAGUCGCUGUUUGACGACAACGAAGACGACGACGACGACGAUAUUUUCAAGAGUUUCAGUAGUGCGAGCGUUACGAAAACCGAAAGUCGAAUAGCCAAAGAGAAAAAAGUGCCGAAAGUCUCUUCUGUGAAGAAGCUGGAGAACACCCAACCCGACGACGAUCCCUUGUCCGCUCUACUAAAAUAGUGUUACUGUUAUAAAUAAAAAUCGCCCUUGGUGGACGCACAUGACAUCAAUCCGCUCUAUAAAUA